AGGUUGUCCUCAGCAGUUAGGAAACUGCAGUCCAAGUCGACGGUUGUCCUUCAGCGAGAGGAUUUGAACCAGGAACCUCUCGGCUCGGCCGCUGAGAGACGCAAUUUACAAAGCAGCAAUGCCAAUAGGAAGAGGAACGUGGUGAGCAACGAGCCUGGUGAGCUUGCUCAAAAAGCGGCCGUUGAGUGGGAGAGCAGCGCCCCCAAACGGAUGAAACAGUCCACUACAGAGCAAAGCUCAGUGUCCACGUCAAGCUGCGUUCUCCUCUGAGAGAUUUCUUUCCUAAAUGCAGAAAAAAAUCGACGUGACAACACCGGUGACGGUCUGAGAGUUUCACUUCAGACUUCUACACUCACUCCAAGGCCUCUUCAUUAUUUGACUCAUUACGACAUUUCCUUUUCUUGUGCAAUACAGACUAUUUUAUUACUGCCUAUAUACCAAAAAUGUGAUAUUAACGUUGCUGCUUUUGUCACUCGCUUACACUUGAUUUUAAAAGGAAGCAAUUGGGUCAAUUGCAUUCCAUUGUGUGCGUGUGAUAUUGGUACAUUUACACCCAAAGCCAGUUUUGUUUAUCUAUAUUAUAAUUUUAUGAUUUUAUAUAUAAGUGUGCAUUCUAUUCUAUCCUUUUAUUAGCAAAUAUGCACUUCUGUUUGAUUCAGAAAAUGAUAAUUUGGGAGAUUUUAAGAUGAAUCGAUUCAUAUCGUAGCGAUCCUAAUACUAUUACGAUUGUAAUGACGAUCACAAAUCACAUCUAGCAAUGGAAAUCAUUUGCCAAUAAAACUCCAAUAACAGACGUUGUUGCCCUUUUGACACUGCAGUAAUCAAAUAAGUCCGCCAGAGGGAGACAAAUCCACGGAUAUGGAUCUAGUUUAAUAUGUGAGGAUAAAUAGAAGGUGCCUGCAAAAAUAAAAUAAAUUCAUUUAUUAGGUGGGUACACUGAAAGUUAAUUUGUUAAUAGUAAAGCCACAUUUCCUGACUACAUUUGUUCUAUUAUAAAAAAAAUAGCAUGUGAUUUAAAAAUUUUAAUUCUGCCUAGCAACAGGUGAUAGGGGUAGGAAAAUAAAUAACAGUGUAGGAAGCAGGGAUGAAAUUGAACCCUGGUCUGCACUGUAGGUUUCAAAUUAUUUAUAUCGGCAUUGAUUUCUGUUGUUUUUAAAAAAUGAACGACCACAAAUGACCCCGCCCCUCCAUUAGCAACUCAGCUGAAUCCCCCCUUUGCCCCGCCUCUCUUUCUCCUCCACCCAUCCGACGUCUCCCCCGGUGCUCCCCUUGUCCAGUCCACUCAUCUCUCGAGCGGGCUUCAACUCCUCUUGUUCUUCACCCCUCAUUUCCUCAUGCAUGCUUUUCAUUCCUGGAGCUUUAUUUGAGGAGAACAUGAGCGACAUCAAGAUUGCAGUGCUUGGGAGUGAAGGAGUUGGAAAAUCAGCCCUCAUCGUCCGCUUCUUCACUAAACGAUUCAUUGGAGAAUAUGCAUCAUCUUCAGAAUACAGAUACCAAAAGCGUCUGACUCUGGAUGGAAGGCAGAUGAAUCUGGAGCUGUACGAGCCAUCCUCCCAGUCCUUUCAGGGUAAAUUAAGUCUUAGCGACCAGAUUCACUGGGCCGACGGUUUCAUCGUGGUCUACGACAUUAGCGACCGCUCGUCCUUUCUUGCCGCCAGAAGCGUAGUGAAGUUCAUCAGAGAGCAUCGCUCCAAAUCCAACAAAAGGGAUGGCGAAUCGCUCGUAUUUUUGGUGGGCAACAAACACGACCUCUGCCACAUGCGAGAAGUACGCUACGAAGAAGGCCAACGCCUGGCGACCGAAUUCCGCUGUCAGUUCCACGAGCUAUCGGCGGCCGAGCACUACCAGGAAGUGGCGCUCAUAUUCUCCAAGGCGGUGCAGGGCGCCGGCGGCAAAGCCAAGGAGCGCAGAAGACGCCCGAGCGGUUCCAAAUCCGUCGCCAGGCUCAUCAACAACGUUUUCGGCAAGAGGAGGAAAUCGGUGUGAGCCGGAAAAUAAUUUGAUGUAUAAACUAUGAACACCUAUAAAAUCUACUUAACAAUU